CUCGUCGUCGUCGAUCGUCCGACGGACCGAAAGUCGGAAAACCAGAAGAAGAGUUGAGCAUAAGCUUCAAUGGAGUUCAGGCGUCGAAAUUACGUUGCGGAGAAAGAAUCCCAUGCUCUCCCUCGAUCAAGCGCCGAACAUCACCCUCUCUCUGCUUCAGCUCCAUCUCCAUCUCUCCACCACCAGGCUGAAGAUGUUGCGGUGGAAGAUAGAGCUAAUGAUUUCUUUGAUCCACUUAGAGCACCCGAUGCCAAUACGGCGGCUUCUCUCGACGACCUUCAAGACUUUGACUCUCCUUCUGCCGAAAACGAAGCUGCUGCUCAAGUUCAAGCGAAGGAAUGGACAUCCUUUAAGCGACUCUUGAUGCAGAGGUUUCCGGUGUCCAAAAUGGUCUCAAUAUCCUCGAUGUCCAAUGUGAUAGUGAGAAGUGGAAAAGCAAGUAUGCACCUUGAGGAACUGGAUGAGCCAGAACAGGGAAGCAAGGUCAUCACUCGGCAGGAAUAUGUGUCACGGUUACAUGAGCUUAAAGAUGAAAUAAAUCGUGCUUGGCAUGCUGAAGAUCGUGUUACGGGUUUGAAGUUAUCUAUUAAGGUUGCCAAGCUUCUGUUGGAUACAUCAGUUUCAAAUUUUUAUCCUACACUGUUUGUCCUUGCCACAGACAUAUUGGACAUGGUUGGUGACAUGGUAUGGGAACGCAUCGAGCAGAAAGCUGAGUUUGCUGAAGAUGGAACCAGACAUUCCUUGCCAGAGAAUUUUGAAGCUAGUGAUGUCUGUUUUGAAGCCAAAGAAACUUGCAAUAACUGGUUUUGCAAAGUUGGUUCCAUCCGGGAGCUCCUUCCUCGCAUUUAUUUGGAGCUGGCAAUUUUGCCCUGCUGGCAUUUCCUGCUUGACCAGCCAAUAGAGAGUCUCCAGCGCCUUGUUAUGAUGACAAGAGGCUUAGCAGAUCCAUUGGCAUCUGCCUACUGUCGCCUAUAUCUUGCCCAUUGUGCCCAGAAGCUGCGCUUAAAUGACACUGGGUAUCUAGCUACAUGUGUUAAUGACAUCAAAAUUCUGGUGAUGCAAAUAUCGUCAACAAAGAAAACUUCACAUGGUCAUGCUGACAAAAAAAGGUUGCUUGUUAAUCUGAUGGAACCAGCUAUUGAGUUUAUUAUGAAAUGCAUAUUCAAGGAUGUAUCUCAGAGGCAAGUGUACAAAGUUCUGGUGGAGCUUGGGUUAGGAAGGAACCAAGGGGAGUUGUUUGGCAGUUCUCCAUGUGUCUCAAUUGUUCUUCAACAUUUACUGAAGGAACUUCCAACUAAUAUGGUCAACUCUCAUGCCAUGGAUAUCCUUCAACUCAUCAAGUGCAGCAAUGAUUAUUCCUAUAAUCAGUCUUUGAAUUACAGGUUGCUUGGACUCAGGCUUUGUGAAAGGAGAUUUCAAAUUGCCAAUUAUAAUGCUGUUAUAGAUGAAGUUAUUCAGGUAGUCUCCCAAUAUGGACUUGAUGAGUACCUAAAGGUUGUGGAUGCUUUUCUUGAUAUUAUUCUUCAAAAUCAGAUGGAUAGUCAUUUAGACACCAUCUUGGAAAGAAUUUCAGAGUUAGCUUGUGGUAAAGAGAUUGUUGAAGAUGAACUAGCAAGCUUGGAAUCUAUCUUGGUGAAGCUUCUUUCUCAUUUCAAGGACUUGGAAGAUGUAUUUGCUUUGAACCAUUUUCUUGAGAUCCUUGAUAUGAUGCAUGGAAGCUCUCUCAGCAUUGUCAAUAUGCAUAUACUUGAUAAGGCAACAAGGAUGGGUUAUCUUCGUGAGCCAACCACCAUACAAUUGCUUUUUGAAAUUGCUCAGGCACUACAUAAUGAUAUUGAUCUUGCAAACAUUAAAACUGAUGAUAACCAACAGCAAGCACGACUAAUUUCUCGUUUUGUACGUUUGGUUGACCAUGAGACAGAAUUUGAAAGGCAUUUAGCAUUUCUAGUUGAAUGUCGUGGGGCUUUUGCUGGCAUAAAUGAGCUUAAGGAAACUAUUGUUCAUGCUAGUAACUCCAUAGCUACUAAAGCUCUUAAUGAUGGGAAAAAAAACCUCAGCUUUUUCAGAUCUUGCAUAGCAUUUAGUGAAGUUACAAUUCCUUCUAUUUCUUCUCACAUCAAACAGCUGCAUCUGUAUUUAGAAACUGCUGAGGUUGCUUUGUUAGGUGGUUUAUUUGCUCAUUCAGAUGGACUGAUAGAUUCAGCAAUCAACUGUUUACAGAAUAUAGACUUGAAUGAAGGCUCUCGAAUUCAAGCUGAUAGUGAUGGGAUACUCUCCUCUAUUCAAAAAUUAUGCAGCUUCUUAGUUGUUGUUCCAGAUAAUCCUGAACAAGGAGUUUUGCAUGUUCCAAAGCAUGUUCUGUCAAUGAUUUAUUCCCAAUCAUGGCCACCCAGAAUAAAGGCAAAGAUAUUUUGUGGGAUUGUUUCUUUGUUAGCAACACUUUCUCAGCAGAGGCUCCCAUACCGUGCAGACCAUCCUGAGGUUCUAUGCAAUGACAUACUGUUCUUUGGUGAUUCAUCUUACAUGCAUGAACUUAUCUCCUUGACUGAGUCUGUUCUUCAGGACCUUGUUGAUGUGAUUGAACAAGAGCCUUCCAGGGCUGCUCGUGGAAGCAUGGCACUCGAAAUUUGCAACCACCUAGCAUCAUCUUGCAAAGUAGGUCCCUGUAUCCCGUUCUGCAGCAACUUAUAUUUUUUCUCAUUAAAAAUACCUUACUAAAUUUCAACGAAAUGACUAGUGAAUGAGUUAUAUGACUGGGCCUAAAACUGAUGCGCUGUGAUUUGCCUGCUAUGCAAAUUACUACUGUCCCUCUAGUUACACUAGCCGGAACAACUAUGUAGAUAAAGUAAACUUGCAAAGAAGAUCAUUAAAUUACACUUGUUGUUUUGCGCUUUACUUUUGUUAUCAAUUUAUCCUUGUGCAGGUAAAUGACUCUGUACUACCAGUUUGCUCCAAACUGAUCGAAACAGCCCAAUCGUGCUUGAGUGCAAAUGACCAAUAUCUGAAGUCCACAAUCAGUUUUCUGGAAAAGAACAUGUGGAUAAAUUCUAUGCUCUCACCCUCUAUAACCAUCUAAUCUACAUGGAAGGACAUUCUUUAUGUCUUUUCACCACAUAAACUAUGCUCUCAUUUAGGGAAAGCAUUUUUCCUACUGUAUUGCUUGUAAACAUAUUCAUUUCCUUUACUUGCAAUAAAUAAAGCUCAAAUUCAAUA